CUGGAAAAGCAGCUAUGUGAAAACACAUGUGAAAGCUGCACCAUGAUUGAAGAGAGUAUGGGUAUAUAAGAAAUGUGAUCUUCUGAUCACUCUCAUGUUAGUUCUUUAACACAUAUACUAAAACAUGAAUGAUACAGAGAAGUUUAGCAUGGCCCCACAAUUUUAGUAUUUGUGUAAUCUUCUCUGUAUUGCUCCAAUUUUAGUAUUUGUGUUAAUCGUCUGGCCUGUCUUAUUUACGCUUCUCCAAUUUUAGUAUUUGUGUUAGUCAUCCAAUCUAUUUGUCUUUGAGGCCAUGCUAAUCUUCUCUGUAUCGUACCAAUUUUAGUAUUUGUGUAAUCUUCUCUGUAUCGUUCCAAUUUUAGUAUUCUCCAUGAACAAAACAUGUUGAAAACAUUCAAUCCUACAAAAACACACACUCAGCCCAUGCUAAAUCUUCUCUGAAUCAUUCCAAUUUCAUAUUUGUGGGGCCAUGCUGAUCAUCUCUGUAUCAUUCCAAUUUUAGUAUUUGUGUAAUCUUCUCUGUAUCGUUCCAAUUUUAGUAUUUGUGUAAUCUUCUCUGUAUCGUUCCAAUUUUAGUAUUUAUGUAAUCUUCUCUGUAUCGUUCCAAUUUUAGUAUUUGUGUUAGUCGUCUGACCUGUCGUAUCUAUGCUUCUCUGAUAUUAGUAUUUGUGUAAUCUUCUCUGUAUCGUUCCAAUUUUAGUAUUUGUGUAAUCUUCUCUGUAUUGUUCCAAUUUAAGUUUUAGUGUUAGUCAUCUAGCCUGUCGUAUCGAUGGGGCCCUGCUCACCUUCUCUGUAUUGUUCCAAUUUAAGUGUUAGGGUUAGGGUUAGGGGUUAGGAUUACGGGAAAAGGGGGACUGUCUCCUAGAAUAGGAGACAGGAGGUGCACGGUCCAUCCCCCUGUUUCCCGGCCCCCACGACCCCGUUUGGUACUGCUGAUUAGUGCGGUACGGGCAUCGACCACGCCUUCUCCCGUAUCGCACUUCAGUCCAUUGUUCUUGCUCGUAAAUCAUGAUUGUUUUUUAAUCUUUUAAAUUAUUUAUUACUAUUUAUUAAUGUGGUGUAUGUACUAAACUAUUUAUUUAUUGGUGUAUCUAUCUAACUUAUUUAUUUAUUUAUUCAAAUCAAGGUAUUUAAAACUAAAACAGUAUAACAAAAUAAAUGAAUUGUUCUUAUUUUUUUAUGCUUUUUUGUUUUUUUGUGAAAUAAAAUGAAAUAAAAUGAAAUAAAAGUGAAAAAAAUAAAUAAAAUGUCUAUCAAAAUGAAAUGAAUGAUUCAGAGAAGAUUUAGCAUGGGCUGAGAGUGAGUUUUUGUAGGAUUGAAUGUUUUCAACAUGUUUUGUUCAUGGAGAAUACUAAAAUUGGAACGAUACAGGGAAGAUUAGCAUGGCCUCAAAGACAAAUAGAUUGGAUGACUAACACAAAUACUAAAAUUGGAGAAGUGUAGAUAGGACAGGUCAGACGAUUAACACAAAUACUAAAAUUGGAACGAUACAGAGAAGAUUAGCAUGGCCCCAUAGAUAUGACAGGCAAGAUGACCAACACAAAUACUAAAAUUGGAACAAUACAGAGAAGGUGAGCAGGGCCUCAUAGAUACGAAAGGCUAGAUGACUAACACUAAAACUUAAAUUGGAACGAUACAGAGAAGAUUACACAAAUACUAAAAUUGGAACGAUACAGAGAAGAUUAGCAUGGCCACAUAGACACAAUAGAUUGGAUGACUAACACAAAUACUAAUAUCGGAGAAGCAUAGAUACGACAGGCCAGACGACUAACACAAAUACUAAAAUUGGAACGAUACAGAGAAGAUUACAUAAAUACUAAAAUUGGAAUGAUACAGAGAUGAUCAGCAUGGCCCCACAAAUAUGAAAUUGGAACGAUUCAGAAUCAGUGUACUAUACAUUCAGCCCUGCUCCCAGAUCCGGGUGUUUAACAGGUUUUGAGGUAAAUCCAGCCUCUGGUUGAGGUUCAAAGAUGUGCCCCUGGUCCUUGAUGUGUGCUACUGUCUUGUGUCCGUAGCAGGAACUGGGUGACAAGGAGGUGUUGUCUACAGCGAGAGACUCCCUGCCUUAGCUCUUCCGGUUUAAAGGAGUGACGUAGGCCAAACCAGUCCACACCGGUUCUCUCUCUCUUUAGUUUCUCUCUCACACAGGGUCUCUCCACCAAUGUGCUUUGAAUUCUUACCAACCCCCACUGACCCCUGAGGGUUAGGUUCAGGGCCCAUUGUGUAAGAAACCCAAGGUAGGGAGGGGGUUGAGUCAGCCUUUUGAUCUCGCUCCUGCAGCAGCCAAUCACGUGUUCUGGUGUGCCUGCAAUAUGCCUGGAUUACCCAGAAUGCCCCUGUGCUGUUCAGAAGAAUGCAAAUUCCCAUUGGAAAAAAACUAGAUAGGAACACUAAUUUUGAGAAUUUAAGGUGCAAAACCCAUAGUGGAAGAUCCAGACCUUGGCCUAGAAAUACCUUAGGUCACAGAAUUUGUUUGGAAAAGCAGCUAUGUGAAAACACAUGUGAAAGCUGCACCAUGAUUGAAGAGAGUCUUUGUAUUGCUGGGUAUAUAAGAAAUGUGAUCUUCUGGUCACUUUUGUGUUAGUUCUCUAACACAUAUACUAAAAUUGGAACGAUACAGAGAAGAUUAGCAUGGCCCCUGCGCAAGGAUGACACGCAAAUUCGUGAAGCGUUCCUUCUUUUUUUUAACCCUAAUUAGGGUUAGGGGUUAGGAUUUAGGGUUAGGGGUUAGGGUUAGGGUUAGGAUUUAGGGGUUAGGGUUAGGGUUAGGGUUAGGGUUAGGAGGAUAUAGGGGUUAGGAUUUAGGGUUAGGGUUAGGAGGAUAGAGGGGUUAGGGUUAGGUUAGGGUUAGGAGGAUAUAGGGGUUAGGGUUAGGUUAGGGUUAGGGUUAGGGUUAGGAUUUAGGGGUUAGGAUUUAGGGUUAGGGGUUAGGGUUAGGAGAAUAUAGGGGUUAGGGUUAGGGAUGAUGAUAUAGGGGUUAGGGUUAGGAGGUUAGGGGUUAGGGUUAGUUUAGGGUUAGGGUUAGGAGGAUAUAGGGGUUAGGGUUAGGGGUUAGCGUUAGGUUAGGGUUAGGGUUAGGAUGAUGAUAUCGGGGUAUGUGCCACUUUUGACAUGCCGGUUCAUUGCCUUUCCCAAUGAUGAACUGGGCUGAGAUUUGGUCUGUUUGAGUUUGUCUGUAAAUGUUCAAAAUGCAUUGUGAGCACGUUUCAGGCCAUUUCCUGUGGUUUGAGGGCGAUUUUGCAAAAAAGGGUGUCACACUGCUUUUGACCAGAGGUGGCGCUGCACCAGUUUUAGGGUUAGGUUUAGGGUGAGUGUUAGGGCUAGGGGUUAGGGUUAGGGUUGGAGCUAUGGUUAGGGUUAGGGUUUAGAGUUAGGGUUUAGGGUUAGGGUUAGGGGUUAGGAUAGGUGAAUGACUCCCGUCUCCCAUAGGGAGCGUGUAAUGCACGGGCCUUCCCUCGACCGGACACAUUCCCCAGGUCCCGGAAAGGCUGGCGGAAGCGCUGGCCCUUACGGCCAUAGCGGACUUCCGUCCAGCCGUGAUUGUUGCCACUCAUAGUCUGAGUGGCCAUCAUAUUUGGUUUUUAAAUUGUUUUUAAUGAUAGUUGCUUGUUAUGUGCUUUAACUGAAAUUGUGAUUUGUGUCCCACAGCAAUGAAAUAAAGAAUUUCUUAAACAAAAUUGUGAUUUUCUUGUGGUUUUUUACUUUUUCUUGAAUGAGUUUAUGAUUGUGAUUGUCCAGAGAUGCUGUUUUAAUAAAAUAACUGUUUUUAAACCCUUUCUUAAAAUAAAAUGUUGAGUUCGUUCUUAUUUGAACUUCUUUAUUAACUAAAACUGUGAUUAAAUACCCUCAAAAAUAAUGUUUUUCAAACCAUGAACUGUUUUUAGUUAUUUUUAGAUCUUUUUGUAUUUUUUUGUAUUUUUUAAUUUUUUAUAUUUUUUAGAAUUUUUUUUUUUUUUUUUAACAAUGAUAACUUUUCUUAGCAUUCCUAUUGUGUGCCUAUGAUGCUAUGUUUCGACCUGCGUCGGUCUUCCUCAGGCCAAGGCACACACAAAAAACAAACAGUGGUUUAAAGAAAGUAGGUCUUUACUUAGUGGCUGUCAGAGUGAAAAUGAAUUUUCCUCCUCUGCUCUGCCUUUUAUACUCGCCAAAAGAAAAAUACCAUGAAUUUUCUUAUCUUUUAACUAAAUUAUAAACCCUUUUUCUUUUUACACUUUUAACCCUUUAGCACCCUUGUAGAUGAUUUACCAUAUAAUAUAUGAUCUUAUUUAUUUAUUUAUUAACCCCCUAAGGUUAGGGUUAGGGGUUAGGGCUAGGGUUAGGGUUAGGGUUAGAGCCCAAGCUAGGGUUAGGUUUAGGGCUAGGGUUAGAGUUAGAGCCCAGGUUAGGGUUAGGGUUAGAGCCCAAGCUAGGGUUAGGGUUAGGGCUAGGGUUAGUGUUAGGGUUAGGGUUAGGGCUAGGGUUAGGGUUAGGGUUAGAGCCUAGGUCCAGGCUAGUGUUAGGGUUAGGGUUACGGUUUAGAGUCAGGGUUAGGGUUAGGGUUAGGGGUUAGGGUUAGGGUUUGGGGAAUGAAUCCCGUCUCCCUCUAAAUUGACCCUGCUUGGGUCUGCAGGGAGCGGGACAUGCAUGGGCCUUCGCCCACCGGACACGCUCCCCCGGUCCCACCGGAAACACUGACUUGUGUUUAAUAAAUAAUGUUUGUAAUUUGGUUUUAAUGUGUUGAGUAAUUCAUAAUUUCCAUUUUUUUAGGUUUUUUACUGUUUUUUACACAACACACAAACAAACAAACAAAGUACAUGAACAAAGUACACUCUUUCAUCACCUCAGAUGUCAGCUGAGGUGAUGAAAGAGUGGAGGCGGGUGCAUGGGGUCAACCUGGGCACAGCCAAAGGGGGCUGGGUCAUGAUCCUUUCCCUUGUCCCAGCUGACAAGGUUGUUCCCAGCAACAUACUGGUAUUGGAGGCGGCUACUAAAAACCUGACCGAGUAUUCAGCAGACGUAGCCAGGGCAGUGGUCAGCCAACUGAUAAAGCUUGGUCCGAUGGAGAUGACACGCUUGUCUAUCCAAAAAAAUAACAUAUUUGACCUUGCGGAGUUCAGGCCCUUUCAUGAUGACCAGUCCAUGUUCCUGGCUUUAGUAGACACAGCCAUUGACUCCAUUGAGCUGCCAAAUGGGGUGGCUGUUCUGAGGACAGUGGGACAGCUUGGUGGGCAGGAGUCAAAGCCCAUCAUGCUCCUGGACAUCCUCUCCUCCAUGGACCACAUCAGGUCCUUGUCUGUUCAUGCAGCAUGUUCAAUCUGGCAUGUUGACACAGAUGUGGACCUGAUGUGGUCCAGAUGGGGGAUUAAUAAGCUGGCGGGGUCAAGGGAAAAUGUGUUCAGCAACCUGUCCAUCCAUGAGAAGGCUAACUUCCAAUCAAACUUGGAUGGGAGGCCCAUGGAUGUGAACCACAAACUGUGGUCUUUGUUUAAAGUUGGGAAUGUUAGUCCAAGACUCAACUUCCUCCAACUUUAUUGUGACUCCCCACACAAACCAGUUCCCGUUUUACAAGCACCCCAUUAGUGGAGUUAUAGCCUGCUGUGGACUUUUCCACAAAAGUUCGACAAAGGCUAUGCACAAAAGGGCAAGGGAAUACCUUCAACACUUCAGGGACCUGAGUGUUAAAGGUAUUUUCCACCUCCCAGCUCGCGUGGAAGGGGUUCUGCUCUUCACCCAGGACAUCCCUCACACUCUGUCGAGCUUCCACUUGAUGGAGGAGAAGGCCCUCUUGGAUCUGCUCAGCCAAGAGGCCAUGCUCCUUCCAUUCAAGUUAGUGAAGGGAGAUGGCAUUCGGGACCUCCAUUUUGCGGUGGUGGACCACAAUGUGGACAGGUUCGGAGAGCUGUUGACCACAUCGGCUCAUGAGGGGGGCUAUGAGGAGAGUUGGGAGGCCUACCAGCUCGAACUGGCCCUGGAAAAGCCCUUCCACGGCCAACCACGGAGUGUGCUUGACCGGGCCUACAGCGUGACUCUGGGCCAGAGACUAUAAAAAGGGAAAAGUGGGCAGGGUUUAUUCAUGUCUAUUUAGAUGCUUGGAGAGAGAACACCACAAUAAUAUUCAGCCAGCAGCUUUUUGUUUUUGGUUUCUUACCGAGUGCCUGACCUGAAGAAGACCCACCAGGGCCGAAACAUCAUCACUGGCACUCAAAUUUAUUUGUAAAUAGUUCUUUUUUUUUUAAAAAAAGUUAAAAAGCAACAAAAUUUUUAAAAAACAUUUAAAACUUCUAAAAAAAACUUUAAAAACAUUUUAAAAAAUUGUCAAAACAGUUUAAAAUACAGUUUAUUUUUACCUUUUUCAAGAAAACAAUCAGAUUUUUAUUUAAGAAAGUUUAAAAUCAAAGUUAAGUUUCCUUUUGUUUUACAGUUAGGUUUCCUUUUAUUGAAAAAAAUCAGCAAUUUAUUUUAUUUUUGGACAAAUAAAAAUACAUAUAUAUAAAAACAACUAUUACAAUUAACAUAGCCACUCCAACAUGAGUGGCUACCAACAUGGCUGGACGGAGGUCCGCUACGGCCGAGGGGGGCCAGCGCUUCCGCCAGCCCUUUUGGGACCGGAGGGGAGUGUCUGGUUGGGGGAUGGCCAGUGCCUACCCUGCUCCCUAUGAGAGACGGGAGACAGUCCCCUCACCCUAACCCUCUCUAGACACUAGACUUUAAAAUUCACCAUGUCCUGGAUAGG